UAGAGCCGCAUGUGGUAACUGCCCAGGUGCGCAGGGCCCUUGAGACGUUCUCCUUGUUCUCAAGAAUUCUCCGCUGAUACGGAGUACUUCUGGCCACGCCCACGAGGCCGACUUGACGCUCGCCAUCCACUUCCCCCCGCCAGUCCGGUCCGCCUUGCCGCUGCGUGGCAGCAGACAGCACAGCACGCCAGUGUGCCAGUGUGCCAGUGUGCCAGUGUGCCAGUGUGCCAGUGUGCCAGUGUGCCAGUGUGCCAGUGUGCCAGUGUGCCAGUGUGUCAACACUGAAACCGAGUCACGGGCUCAGUGGAAGUCUAUCCGACUGUUGGACCUCUACUGUAGCAGUCGGAAACAUACGGACCUGCAAAUGUGAGGCUACAUCACGGAAUGUAUGCGUGUCCUAGCAUGCAUCUACACACAACUCAAGCGCCCCCCCCCAUCGACAUCGAACCAAAGUCAAACGGCCAUCUGCCAUGUGAUGUGCGACGCUGCCUCAUUCUCAAUUCCCCCGGCGUACGGAAAAUCUUCACCCUCACCCCCGACGGUGACCUCCACGACGACGUCCUCGCCAUCGACCGAAGAGAGAUCCUCAACAGCGUCACUCUCAUGGAGGGGGUUGUUCUCCGUCUUUCCGUUGAUAAAGUCGUCAGCCAUGCUUCUCGUCUUGUCACUUCCAAACACAGUGUCAUAUCGCCCACCACUCGCCCUCGCCAGGUCCUCGCAUUCCGCCCCGCUCGGCUCAACUAGUUGCUUCUCAUACUCAACCUCCACACCCCGGAGCACUUCGAGGGCCAGGGACCACGUGCCGCUGAGCAGACGGGCUCGCUGCACCGUGAGGAACUCGAGCCUCGCCCCGGACUCCUUGAGCUGUGCACCCAGGCGCGACAGGUCCGACAGGUGCAGCGCCACGUUGGACAGGUGCAUGUCGCGGAGGUUCCCCCAACCCGCCUGUCCCCACCGCUCUGGUGACUCAGCCCCACGAAGCAGGAGUGGCCCAAUACCCGACGGGCGGUCGGCAUCGAGCCCGCCGUCAGACCAGCCGCCGUCAAGGCGCAGCCAGAAUCUUUCCAGGCCAUUGCUGUUCGUCACGGCCGAGAUGAAGCUGUAGAAAGCGCCUGUCUCCUCCGAGGACGCGCUCUGCCGGGCGCGCGGCUUCAUCUCGUCCUGGUGCAAGAAUAUGAAGCUCCUCAGGCUCAUCCUGUUGAUUGCCGUUCGCAGCUCGACGAACUUGCUCAUCUCGACCUUGUUGAAUAACGGAUAAUACUGCUCUGCAUUUGUGCUGGUCUGCACCGAUAUCCUGUCAAGUCGGGCCCCGGCUUUGUCUAUCGCAGUGGGAAUCCCGAAGAGGACUUCGACUGGAGGAUCGCCGAGUGACCGGUCUAGCGCCUCGCCCCAAGACACGGGAAGUACAAGUGAGUCAAUGUCCAUGAGGCCAGCAUAUUCGUCGGUCCCGGCGAAGCGAACCCUGCUUUGGUUGUCCUCGGGUUCUUCUUGAAAGCUGGUACGCGACUGCUGCACCCCGAAGUCGUGGAACUCGAUCCCCUUGGCCUUUGGCAUCCGAGCCAUGGCAGCUGAAAAUCUCCGGGUAAACGUAUCACCUUGUCGAAGUCGUUCCUGGUCUUGAUAACGCAGCCGGUAGAGCUGAUGGGCAACGUGCAAGAGCUGAAGGUGUCGUGCAGCCUCAUCGUUCUCGUCCUCCCCAGAGUUCCUGCGACACAGUGCCAUACAAUCCUGGCUGGACUUUUCCGGGUCGAUGCUCCAGGGCCCGGUGGCGUGCUCUAUCCCCUCGAGGCUGACUCGACCCCACGUCUUGAGGAUGGCCUUGACCUUUGCCAGCGCCACCGCAGCCUCUUCUCGCCUCUCCAUGGCCCCUUCUGCAUCCGCUUCCUCGUCUUCAGCAGCUUCGAGGUCCUGCUUGAAGCGCAGGGCUUGGCCAAACACUCGGCUCACUGCAUGACAGGCGAACCGGCGGAUGUCAUUUGCGUAGACGGAACUGUAAAAUUGAGUGACAAGCCUGACAAUGUGCACCCCAUUGCGAAUCACUGGAUGCAUGGAAAUGGCUUCCAGCUUGUCGAGGGACUCGGAGUUGAUCCCGUCGACCUUGAUGUAGUGCACUAGCAGGUGGGAGCUGCAGGCCUCGAACCGUCUGCACACCAGUCUCACAUUGGCGAUGUCUGCUGAUGAGCUGGCAAAAGAUGCGUGCUGUGCCUUAUUGUUCGGGUUGUGGGUCUUGACUGCGCUGAAGAUCUCGACGAGGAGCUCGUCGGGGAGCGAAAGGAUGCUCUUGUGUGAGUAUUUGUCCAUAUCCGUAUCCGAAUGUUGACGGUCCCUCAAGCGGUUAAUAGUUCAGCUUCAAGGCCGGGGUUUGCAAGUCUGACUUCAGGACUCUCAAUUCGCAACGUGCAGUGCCAGCGAGGGUUCCUUUGUGUUGUUUUGGCGCUCUCAAUUUAUUGUCUGCAACAUGCAGCCAGUUUCCUAAGCGCCGCACUCGUUUGUGUUGGUUGACUGUUGGUAACCUGGGUACUUGAUAUUCCCUGACCGUCAGUCACAUCUGCUAUUUUUAGUGAGCGCGGCCGGGCCGGUUGGUCGCAGUUGUUGGUCGCAAUUGUUGGUCGCGCCCCCUCUGCUAGGCGCCCACUCCGAUCUCUGCCUUUCUCAAAAACGGCCAUCAAUUAGCAGGAUGUCUUCUGGUUUCCAAUGUUGACUCGCCUGCAUGAUUGUUUCGACCUUUUUCUGAGCCAGUCCCGGUAGCCAAACCCAAGCACGACCUGAUCACGAGCCAACACGCCGUUGUCGCCAUCAACGCCCUGUUUCCAGCGGAGCGAUUUCUCAUCUGUCGUAUUCUUGCCUCUGCAGACUGCAACUCCAAAUAUGCUUGUCGUUUGUUCUGAUCUCAGGGAAUCCAAUAUUGCUGACAGACUUUGCCAGUGUAGGCGGCAACUGCCCAUCACUUACACAAAAGUGGCCCCACUGGCAGGGGCCAAUUGGCCAAUUGCGCCCCUCUAGCUACGUUCGAUGCAGAGCAAUGACAUGGCAGCCUUGGAAGCCUUGACUCCACACAGCUCGGUGUAUUAUUUUGAAACUCGGUGCAUGGGUCUAAUGGCACAACUCUAUAAUUUUUUCGAUUCUUGGCGACCUUGGGAUGAUAAGUCACAAGUCAGCCUCAGUAGAACGGUUGAUUGUGUGUAAUCCCAUUGCACGCACCUCAAAUUGCCGAAGAACGGACUCGCCCGGGAUGACCUCGGGAUUCACUUGCCGCUUCCAAGGCACUAUGAAGUCCACAAUAUCAACAAUGGUAUCCGAAAAAUGGUCCGUGUAUUAUAACGGGUAAGAAGGCACUGGAUGUCGAGGCAGACAGCGGGCACGCUUCCGGAAAGGGAACACGGUAAGGGCUCGACAACAAGCAACCUCGACUGUCCUUUGUGGCCCGAGUAAAUUUCAUAUUAUAUCGCCACAUACAGCCUUUCACCUGAGUGCCGUGCAUCGGCGUGGUUGAGAUGAGCCAUCAUCCGCUUCUUUGUCCGCAAGACUCGGCGACGCCUCUUUGCCCAUGUGCAGCCACUCAAGAAUCCACCUUCAGAUCGAUCACCGUGUCUUCCUGAAUCGCUCACCAUCUUCGACACAAGAUACUCAUUCAGACCUCCUGGAUAACUUUUAUCAGAGUGAUUGAAAAUGAGGUUCAUCACUGCCAUCACGGCAAUUGGCGUGAUUGGCAUACCCGCGGUCAAUGCAAAUUGCAACCCGUUGAAAGAGACAUGCGCUCCGAUUCCAGGGAUCACCUCACCCAUCCACCAGGACUUCACGAAGUUUUCCUCUAUUGAAGACGUCAAGAAAAACGGCUGGACCAUCGCCGAUUACGCCAGCUUUCGUGUAGACAGCAAGGAUGGCGGCGUCUUCCCCAUAGAGAGGCGAACCGAUGCACCGUAUAUCUGGACAACAAGUUACUUCCUGUAUGGCCACGUCGAUGUGGUGAUGCAAGCAGCCCCAGGGAUUGCCAUAAUCUCGUCAGCGGUGCUGAUGUCGGACACGGCCGACGAGAUCGACUGGGAGUGGAGCGGCAAUAACUAUCGCCAAUCAAAGCCCAACGUGCAGACGAAUUACUUCGGCAAAGGGAUCACUGCCAACUACGACCGGUCGACAUCUGUCUUCACCGAGUUCGAGAUGACGGCGGGACUCCACAAGUACGGCAUAGACUGGACCGCUGAGAGCCUGACGUGGUCUAUCGACGGACAGGUUGUCAGAACACUGCCGAGAAGGGACUGCGACAACGCGGAUCACCAGUACCCUCAGACGCCGUCGCGAUUCCACCUCGGCGUCUGGGUCGCGGGUGACCCAGACAGACAGGCUGAGGGGGUCAGACAGUGGGCUGGUGGUAACACGGACUUUAGCAAGCUGCCCUACACUGCCUAUGUGAGGAGCGUGGACAUUGAGCCGUCCUCCAAGUGUGCCUACUACAACUACACGGACAAGAGCGGGUCGUCCAAGAGCGUCAAGUGUCUCGCUCAACUGCCCCAGUCUGUCUCGUCAAUCGUCAGCUCAUCCGUGCUCAACACCCUGAGCGCUGCUCAACCAGCACCACCUACCACUUCGCAGACUUCGCAGACCUCGCAGACCAGGAGCCUCGUCGCAAGCUCGUCCUCGUCAAGCAGCGUGACGGUUGCGGCAGGCACAACCUCGACAGCCACCGCUCCUAGCCUGAACAGCCAGCCAAGCGGAGGCUCGUCCUCAUCGACCGGGACCACAGGCGGCGCGACCUCGACCGACGUUGCCAGCAGCCAGGACUCUCAGGCAACUGGAAGCGCCAGCUCUGUUCAGCUCACUACAAGCACAGUGUACAAAACAACCGUCUUUUCGACAGUGACAUCUUGUAACACCAAAGUGACGGACUGUCCCGCCAACAAGCCUCUCCUCUCAACUGUACUUGUCACGGAUACGGUGGUCGACUACACCACGGUCUGUCCUGUUACUGAGGGCAGGGCCCAGUCCUCGACACCUAAUGUCUCACCCGCGAGUUCAGUCAAGACGGGUUCCUCGGCAACAACACAACCCGCUGCUUUGUCGAAUGCGGUUGCACAGAAUGCUGCUUCCCACUCGGCCUUAGCGUCCAGCGGGCCCUCGUCUUCAUCGAAGGCCCUGUCCUCUUCUCCGACGGGGGCCACAUCAACUAUGAAAGGCACUUUACCGAACAAAAGCCUGCCGUGGUGGUACUGGCUCGCCAAGCCCGUCAAACGCCCUGUCAACCAGGAAUCACCGGCUUCUUCACCACCUUCCGAGAGCACCCAGGUUGAAUCUGGCGAGAUGGCGGUGACGCAGUCCAAGCAUGAUGUAGACUCAGCUGGGACGUCUGGGACAGAGCCCACCAACUCACCCGAAUUGAUGACCACCUCUACGGUCUAUAGCACCAACAUCCAUACCGUAACAUCGUGUGGAUUAGAAGUGGAAAGCUGUCCGGCAAAGUCAACGGUGCUCUCAACGGAGGUCGUUGCGGCUUAUACGACUGUCUGUCCCGUCUCCACCGCCGAGUCAUCAGCACCAACCGAGUCCUCUGAAGACGGCUCGCGGGAGCAGUCUUCACAGGACGGCGGCACCAACAUGUUGCCCCCGUCUUCAUCGACGAUGAUUUCCUCAGCCGACGCACACGACGUGGCACCAUCAAGUCGGUUGGACGAGUCCCAAGCCGCGUCCACAUCGAUGGAAUUCGGCCAUAGCAGCGUAUCGCUAUACAACACGGAUGCGGAGGUGGCAACGUCGGGGUCAUCGACAGCACGGGCGGCGGCGUUGCCGACGGACAAGGGUGCCCCCCCAAUAGCCCAGAACCACGCCGUGCCGGGCACGGAGAGCUCUGAGGCAGGGGGCAGCUCGGAUGGCAUGCUGACGACGCGGAGCACAAUAACGAGAACGACAACAGUGCGGCUGACGACGACGCGACGCUCGACGUCGACACUCUUCAGCACGUCAGCAACGGUCAUAACCAGCUGUGCGGCAGGCCAGUCUGGUGCGGACUGCUCGACCAUCUCGUCGACGACGACGAUGAUCAUUUCGAAGCUGGUGACGCCUGUGACAUUCACGUCGACGGGGGUUUCUACGGCGACGGAAACAGUGGACGUGGCCUUGUCUCCCGCAGCACCUCAUGGGCCCUCCGGGGUUGCUGGUGCUGGCACGGGAAAUGGCACAGGCACGGGCACGGGGCAGCAGCCUGGGGGGGCAAAGACGGCCCUGGCAACGAUUGCUGGAGAGGGACCAGCGGGCGGUGCAGUUCCUGGGUCGUUGCUGGGGCUUGCCAUGGGCGGUGUCUUGUUCUUCAUACUGGGGAUGUGAUGGCGUCUGCGGUGUCCAUACAGAUAUAUUCUUCCCGUGUCAAUAGUAGUCUGCAAUACUCUUUUGUGUGAUGACAACUCGCCUCGGCUGUCAAACGAGACAUGGACAAAUGGAGCACGUGGUGGUGGUGACACUGGCCGGCCUGAAACGACAGGUCGGCCGAAGCAGGGUCUCGAUGCUGGGCUCGAAGCGGCCAAUCAAACCCAGGCAACCAGCAGCGAGCGAGCGAUCAACGGGUGCAGGCUCGGGCUCGGACUCGAGUUCGUUCGCUGGCGGGCUGGCGGGCUGGGCGGCAGACGGUUGGGCGAUGUGCGUCGCAGGAGAACAAGGGGCUCAGCUGGCAGGCUGGCAGGUUGCAUCGCCAACAGACGUGGGCCUAUGAAGAGCCAGCCACCUACGUACGUAUGCCUGGUACGUACCGAGCCAACGAGCGUACGUAUGGGGCACAGCCGAC